AUGCAGCAGCGGCUGCCAAGCGAGACCGGCGGAAAAGGCUCGGUCGCCCGCCCGCCAAGUUCGACAGCCGAGGGCUCGCGUCCAGUAGCGGCAGCCAACCAGAUUUCGACAAUUUCAGUGCAGCCCCAGGAACGUGGACAUUUCUUGCAUAUUGCUUCCACCGAAUGGAAGUCGGACAAAGCUUUCAAGCUCAGCUCGCAGUUAAGUCAGUCCAGCAACUAUGUUGGCAUGAACAACGGCUCGCUUCCCAAGCACGACGUUGUGGCAGGAAAAGCAUUCGACCGAAUCAUCCAGAUCUGGCUCGAAAACACCGACUACGAGGCGGCCAUCUCCACCCCUGCCAUGCAGGCUCUCCUCCCCCAAGGUGUCCUCUUCGACAACUACUACGCUGUUACGCAUCCAAGUGAACCUAACUAUCAAGCAGCGGUCACAGGAGACUUCUGGGGACUUGGAGACGAUAGCUUCAACCACAUCCCUGAGAAUAUCACGACGGUCUUCGAUCUCCUCGAUGACGGUGGAAAGGCUGGCAAGCCCGUCUCGUACGCCUGUUAUCAGGAGAACAUGCCUUACGAUGGCUUUACAGGUUUCAACUACACUGAUGCAAAGAACUACAUCACUCCUGGUGGGGCCCCAUAUGUCUACUACGUUAGGAAGCACAACCCAUGCGCCAUGAUGGACUAUAUCUCGGGCAACCCCAAGCGCGCAAUCUACAACCGCAACUUCAACGACCUCGCUGCUGAUGUCGGCAACAACACCAUGCCCCAGUGGAAUUUCAUCACUCCCAACAUGGUCAACGACGGCCACGACACCACAGCUGCUUUCUUCUCCAACUGGACCAGCUACUUCCUCACUCCAAUGCUGGCCGAGCCCAAGUUCAACAACAACCGCACUCUCGUUCUUCUCACCUUCGACGAGAACGACAGCUACUCGGCUCCCAACAAGAUUUUCACCCUCGCUCUUGGUGGAGCGGUUCCUUCGAACCUCAAGAACACCACCGACCACACCUACAUGACCCACUACUCAGCUCUCUCGUCGGUCGAGGCCAACUGGAACCUCAAGUCUCUCGGUCGUGGUGACACCAACAAGACCAUGUCCAAUGUCUUCCCCUUCUGGGCCGAUACCUUUGGCUACCAGAACACUCAGGUUGAUGAUGCCGACAUUCCCAUGACCAACCUCACCGGCGUUUUCCCUGGUCCUCUUUCGCCCACAGCCAACACUCUGUUCUACGCUCCCGACAACGUCAAUGUCACCGGUGCCGGCGGUCAGCCAGUGCUUGUCAAGAGCGGCCUCAACGUCUCUCAGACCCUCGCCACGCUUCCUCGCACCAACUUGACCGCUUUGAACCAGAAGCCCUACUGGGAAACCGACCCUGCCUUCAACAACGUCAACGUCUCGACUGGCUCGUCGAGCUCCACCGGAACUACUGCCGCCAAGACCAAUGCUGGUGCCAAGACAGUCGCAGGCACCGGCCUCAUGGCUGUCGCCGUCCUCGCUGGCGUCGUCGCCCUGCUCUGA